CUCCUCCCCACAGGUGUGUCCCUGGGCUCUGCUUGCCAGUCCCACUCCCUGCCUGAGACACCUACCACGAGACCCCAACCAGCAGAAACAGGCCAGCAAGUGACCUGCCAUGGAAGGUGCCGAUGCCUCUAGGAGCAAUGGGGCCAGCCCAGAAGCCAGGGACGCUCGCAGCCCAUCGGGUCCCAAUGGCAGCCUGGAGAAUGGCACUAAAGCAGAUAGCAAAGAUGCCAAAACCACCAACGGGCACAGCGGGGAAGUGACAGAGGGCAAGACCCUGGGCAGUGCCCUGAAGACAGGGGAGGGGAAGAGUGCCCUGUUUUCCAGCAACGAGUGGCGCAGGCCCAUCAUCCAGUUUGUGGAGUCCGUGGAUGACAAAGGCUCCAACUACUUCAGCAUGGACUCUGCGGAAGGCAGGAGGUCUCCUUAUGCGGGGCUCCAGCUGGGGGCUUCCAAGAAGCCGCCUGUGACCUUUGCUGAGAAGGGGGAGCUGCGGAAGUCCAUCUUCUCCGAGCCCCGCAAACCCACGGUGACCAUCGUGGAGCCGGGGGACGUCCGCAGGAAUAGCUACCCCAGGGCUGACUCUGGUCUCCUGCUGAGGUCGAAGUCUGGCUCCGAGGAGGUGCUGUGCGACUCCUGCAUUGGCAACAAGCAGAAGGCCGUCAAGUCCUGUCUGGUGUGCCAGGCUUCCUUCUGCGAGCUGCAUCUGAAGCCCCAUCUGGAGGGCGCCGCCUUCCGUGACCACCAGCUGCUCGAGCCCAUCCGGGACUUCGAGGCCCGAAAGUGCCCCUUGCAUGGCAAGACCAUGGAGCUCUUCUGUCAGACCGACCAGACCUGCAUCUGCUACCUCUGCAUGUUCCAGGAGCACAAGAACCACAGCACUGUGACCGUGGAGGAGGCCAAGGCUGAGAAGGAGACCGAGCUGUCACUGCAGAAGGAGCAGCUGCAGCUGAAAAUCAUUGAGGUUGAAGAUGAGGCUGAGAAGUGGCAGAAGGAGAAGGACCGGAUCAAGAGCUUCACCACCAAUGAGAAGGCUAUCCUGGAGCAGAACUUCAGGGACCUGGUGAGGGACCUGGAGAAGCAAAAGGAGGAAGUAAGAGCUGCCCUGGAGCAGCGGGAGCAGGACGCCGUGGACCAAGUGAAGGUGAUCGUGGACGCCUUGGACGAGAGGGCCAAGGUGCUGCAUGAGGACAAGCAGACCCGGGAGCAGCUGCACAGCAUCAGCGACUCAGUGCUGUUUCUGCAGGAAUUUGGUGCACUGAUGAGCAAUUACUCCCUCCCCCCACCUCUGCCCACCUACCAUGUCCUGUUGGAGGGAGAGGGCCUGGGACAGUCACUUGGCAACUUCAAGGAUGACCUUCUCAAUGUGUGCAUGCGCCAUGUUGAGAAGAUGUGCAAGGCUGAUUUGAGCCGCAACUUCAUUGAGAGGAACCAUAUGGAGAAUGGUGGUGACCAUCGUUACAUGAACAGCUACACCAGCAGCUACGGGAACGAGUGGAGCACGCCUGACACCAUGAAGAGAUACUCCAUGUACCUCACACCCAAGGGUGGGGUCCGGACAUCUUAUCAGCCAUCAUCGCCCAGCCGCCUCUCCAAGGAGACCAACCAGAAGAAUUUCAGCAAUCUGUAUGGCACUAAAGGUAACUAUACCUCCAGGGUCUGGGAGUACUCGUCCACUGUUCAGAACUCCGAGGACCUGCCCACUGUGCCAGGCAACUCCUCCUUCUCGCUGAAAGCAGGCACUGGGAAAGCCCCCUAUCAGUUCACAACCUUGGGACAGGCCACUGCAGAGUUUUCCAAGCCACUGGACCGCAGUGGGCUGUUUAAAAACAAUCCCGGCUAUCCCUCCAUCCUCCGGAGCCAGGCUCCCAAGGCCCAGCCUCAGACGUGGAAAUCUGGCAAGCAGACUUUGCUGUCUCACUACCGGCCAUUCUACGUCAACAAAGGCAGUGGGAUCGGGUCCAACGAGGCCCCCUGAGUUCAGCGCUGAGCUCCACAACCCCGUUCUCCUGUUGCUCCUGCUUCCCAAAUUGCUGCAUUCUUGCAGGGCGGGAGCCUGGCCCGCUCUGCCCUCCCACAGCCUCUGACAGUCCCCCUCCCCAGGGCACGCUGGCUUCCUCUGCUCCCCUAGGGUUCUUUUGCUACUUGGUGACAUACAGUCACUGUGGUUUCUAUGUGUGAGGCCAAGUUACCUACCACAGGGUGAGAGGCGGUUGGGCUUCUUUCUUGUGGCCCUCUCCCAAAGCUGGUCACCAGGCCCACAUGGUGCCAGUCUGUUUCCCCCACCCCAGGCUCCACCAUGUCCAGGCUUGGUGACCACUUCCCUCCGCUGUGGACAGUAGGUGCCCAGUUAAGGUAACCUCUCUGUGCCCAUCCCUUGGGCUCACGUUUUUAUCAGCAGCCUGAACCUGUCAGGAGGAGGCAAGCCCUGUGUGUCCUUUAGGAUCCCACUUACUAAAAGCCUGGCCACACCUUAGAGGAUACUCUCAGCGUCCUGGCUUUGUCCCGGCCCAGCUGUGAGACUUUGCCAUGCUCACCCUGAGACUGCAAAGCCAGAGGAUGGGGUCUCCUGCUGUACCAUUGCUGCGAGGAGCCGUUCCCCUGAUGACCACAAUGCACUCAUGAAAAUUUGCCCGUAGACUUUUACUCAAGUGGAAUUGGAUGCUUUUCAUGGUAAUGGACCGCAGAUGGGCUGGUAAGAGUGGUGUCACUUGUGAGGUAGCACGUAUAGCAGGGGAGUCAGCCUCCAUCCAUGUCCUGUCACCAGGCUUUGAGAGGGCCAAAUCAGCAGCAGCACUGGGUGUUUGGGGGCUUGUCUCCCAUUCUAGGUUGAUGGGGCCUCUCAGGCCAGCUUGCAGGGGUGGGGAGGGGUACUUUUGGCUUGGGCUUCACCCUCCCUGAAUAAACCAUUUGUCUCUUUA